UUUUCAUUGGCCAACGUUCCGCCUGUUUAUUUCCGGAAGUAAUACUUGCCAGCAUCAGACUUUCCGUCGGGGUGUCAAAUCACAACAAGCUAACGCCACAACGACUGCAAUUGUGGGCGUGCCCUCCCCGGUGAGAUGGCGCAUUGGUUUCACCGAAACCCUCUAAAGGCGACGGCGCCUGUGUCCUUUAACUUUUACGGUGUGGCAGGGAGCCCCGCUGCCAAUAAAAUUUGCAAUGACCUAAGGACAACCAGGGCAAGGCUGCUGGAAAUGUUCACCGACGUCACCUGCAACCCGGAGAUCAUGAAAAACGCCACAGAUGCGUACUUGGCUCUGCUUCAAUGCUUUAUUGUCUCCUUGGAUGGAACCACACAGGACAACAAGAUGAGGUACAUCCAGAACUUCAAAUGGACCGAUACUCUACAAGGGAACACGCCAAGUGCCCAGCAAGAUGCAGUCUUCGAGCUCGUCUCCAUGGCCUUUAACGUCGCCAUCUGGUACACCAAGUUUGCCUCGAGACUUGCUGGAAAAGAAAAUGUAUCAGAGGAUGAAGCAAAAGAUGUUCACCGGAGCCUGAAGGUUGCUGCUGGAAUAUUCAAAUGUCUAAAGGAGGCCCACAUCCCUCGUCUCAUCACCCCCGCAGAGAAAGGCAGGGACCUGGAGCCGAGAGUGAUUGACGCGUACAUCAUCCAGUCUCAGGCGGAAGCUCAAGAAGUGACAAUCGCUAGAGCCAUCGAACUGAAGCACAACGCCUCAAUCGUCGCAGCGUUGGCGUUUGAGACCGCAAACUUCUACCAGAGAGCUGACCACACCUUGAACACUUUGGAGCCUGAAUGCAGCAGCAAGUGGAGGAAGUAUCUCCAGCUCAAGUUUUACUUUUACUUGGCUUAUGCGUACUGCUAUCAUGGACAGACGCUGCUGGGGAGUGAUAAGUGUGGUGAGGCGAUACGAUCGCUCCAGGAAGCAGAAAAGUGUUAUUCCCGUGCUGAGGAGCUGUGUAAAGAAUACCGUCACACCAAAGGUCCGGGCACCACCGCAAAACCAUCAGAGCAGCUCUUCUUCCGCAAACUGGGCGGUCUGAUUAAAAACACACUGGAGAAGUGCCAGAGGGAAAACGGCUUCAUAUACUUCCACAAGGUUCCAGCGGACCCUCCGCAGCUUGAGUUGAAGGCCAACUACGGCCUGGCCGAACCAGUACCCUUUGAGAUGCCAUCUCCCAGUGAGCAGUGUACCCCUGAAGUGUACGCCAGCUUUGACCUGACCAAGGGAGCCAAAAAUGACAAGGCUAAACCGAAAGAGGAGGAAGUCAAACCAAUGAAGGAGCCCGAUUUAAAACCCCAGAAGGACACAGGCUGCACCGUUUCCUAAAUACACAUCAUUCCGGUCUACGUCAUUCCGGUCCUGCUACAGUAGCGCCCAUCAAUAAGUAUCCACACACAUAUACACAGGAAUAUUAGCAUCCUUUUGUAACAGUUAAUCUAUGGUGUUUAACGUUUAUGCUGGAAUGUUUGGUGUAUUUACAUAUGACAUCAGAGCUCCUGCGCCGUUAUGUAACAUUUGAUGGGAGACGAUGUCAUCACUUUGUUCUUACACGUCAUGCUAGCUUUGGAAAUGUCCCAAUCGUUGGCUUACAUUUUACAUGAAAAGACUGAUGUUAAAAUAUAUUACCAGGAGACCCGAUAUAACUUAAUUCCAAAAAUGAGUUACUGUAAAUAUAGGGGUGUCCAAAGUGCUGCCUGGAGGCCAUUUUGGCUUUUAUUGCCCCUCUGCAAAAUUAAAACAUUGUUUUACUAUUUAUGUGAAUGGGAAAUGUUUGGACGCCCCUGGUUUACAUUGAGGAAGUAAAAAGAAACAAGACUGAUGGACAAAUUUGGUUUGUGUUCGGCGUAGAUGUUUACAAUCAUGUUAAAUGACUACUAUCAUUAUUAUAGGACUCCAUUACUUUUUUUUUUUUUUUACUAAUCAUCAAAGUAAAAUAUAUGAUAUGUAACGGCUUAGUUAUAAUUUUUGUUCCCCCAAUCAGAAUCAUUUUUAUAAUCUUCAUUUUAUAUACACUUUUAAUAACAGUGUACAAUUCAAAUGAUCAUUUUUCUUGUUUUAAUACUUGCCUUUUUUUCAUGAAUCAAUCAUGUUUAGUCUUUAAUCAGUGAGCGUUGUUAGGUAACACUAGUAAUGUUAUUGCACAUGGACACAAUCAUUUUCAUAUAUUAAAUAUGCUGCUGCUUACAGUAGAUCCCAGCUAUGUUAAUAGCGGGAACAGCCCUAUUUUUGAUAUUUUAAAUGCUUCAAAAAAGCCCUAUCACAGUCACUUACAAAUUAAGAAACAAAUACAGGCAUGUAGUGUGGGAUCUAAUGUACGCCAUCAACCACUCCCAGUUGGAUGUAAAGGAAUAAAGUAAAGCACAACCAGUAGAACGCUGUACAUAUUGUAAUACACCGCCGUGCUGUUGGCUGCUCGUAUCAUUUGGGUUUGUGGCAGCGGAGUAAAACUGAAAUGCUGGGCCGAAUUCUACGUAACGUGAAUGUGCAAGUGCGUCAAAAACAAUUCUAAGCAUUAUUAUCUAGUCUCAUCACACCGUUGGUUGGAUUCAUUGUAAAGCAGGGGUGUCCAAGGUGUGGCCCGAGUGCCGUUUCGACACCCCUGCUGUUAUGUAUCUUCUAAUUGAUGUAAUCUGUAUGUCAGUCCAUAUUAAAUCACACUUAUAACCAUCA